GCACCACUUAAUUAAUUUGUUAUAAAAUCUCCAAUAAUUUGACCAUCUCAUUAAUAUAGCGGUGCUUGUGGAUCUUUGUCCUGCAUCAAUGGAGGACAAUAACGUACCACUUCUUACUUCAACCAAAUGGGAGGAAUCACCAAAAUCAACAAAGGUUUCUUUUGAUGCUGAUGAAGAUGAUAUCCAGCAAAUUAAUGGAGUGAAAAACUUUGUAAAGGAAUUUCAUUACGAGUCUAAAAAGCUGUGGUACCUAGCUGGACCUGCUAUUUUCACUUCACUUUGUCAAUAUUCAUUAGGUGCUGUUACUCAAAUUUUUGCUGGUCAUGUUGGAACCAUUCAACUUGCUGCUGUCUCUAUUCAACUCUCUGUUAUUGCUGGAUUUUCUGAAGGUGUCCUGUUGGGAAUGGGAAGCGCAUUGGAGACACUGUGUGGGCAAGCAUUUGGAGCUAAACAAACAGAUAUGCUUGGCAUUUACAUGCAAAGAUCAUGGAUAAUCCUCAGUGCAACUGCACUAGUUUUAAUGUUUUUGAACAUAUUUGCCACCCAAAUUCUAACCUUAAUAGGCCAACAGGAAAGAAUAGCACAAUGGGCAGGACAAUUCUCAAUAUGGAUGAUACCAAUGGUUUUUGCUUAUGCCUUUGAGUUCCCCAUAAUGAAGUUUCUUCAAGCUCAAAGCAAGAUUAUGACUAUGGCAGUCAUAGCUGGGGUUACUUUUGCUAUGCACGCUUUGUUAGCUUGGUUGGUUAUGUUGAAGUUGGGUUGGGGUUUGGCAGCAGGUGCAGUGGUACUAAAUUGUUCAUGGUGGUUCAUGGUUGGUGCAAAAAUGAUGUAUAUUUUUUGGGGGAAUUGUGGUGAAGCUUGGUCUGGAUUUUCUUGGGAGGCAUUCAAAAAUCUUUGGUCAUUUAUUAGAUUGUCUCUUGCUUCUGGGGUCAUGAUAUGCUUAGAACUUUGGUAUUUCAUGUCGUUGAUUCUGGCCGCAGGAUACGUUAAGGAUGCAGAAAUUGCGGUGGAUGCUACUUCAAUAUGUGCAAACAUAAUAGGAUGGACGUUCAUGUUGUGUAUUGGAUUCAAUGCUGCAAUAAGUGUAAGGGUAUCAAAUGAACUAGGAGCAGGACAUCCAAGAAGAGCAAAGUUCUCAGUGGUGGUGGUCUCAAUUACUUCACUUGCAAUUGGUGCAUUGUUGACACUUUUACUCAUCCUUACGAGAAGCCAAUACCCACUUUUGUUCACAAAUAAUGCAAAAGUACAAAGGAUGGUGUAUGAUCUCACUCCUGUAUUGGGACUAACCCUCUUUGUCAACACACUCCAACCUACACUCUCUGGGGUGGCAAUUGGAGCAGGAUGGCAAGAACAUGUGGCUUAUGUGAACAUAGUAUGCUAUUAUGUCAUUGGAAUCCCUUUGGGUCUCUUCCUUACCUUUUUCAUCAACUGGGGCAUGCCGGGCAUGUGGUAUGGGAUGUUAGUUGGAACUACAGCUCAGACUUGUGUUCUGAUUUGGAUAGUUGCAAGAACUGAUUGGGACAAGGAGGCUUCUGACGCUGGAGAUAGAAUAAAGCAACUGGGAGGAAACAAAAAUGCCAAUGUCAUUGAUGGAUACGCCAUUAGCUGAGACUAGACAAAGCAGUAUUGGGGAUAAAGUUCCCUUUUAUAAGAUUUUGAUGGUUGAAAUUCAUAGAAUCAAUAAUCCAACUUUUUCCACUUUUCAAUUAUUUCUCUCUGUCCCUUGGUAGUGUGAUUUAUCAUUUUUGAAAGCUUUUUGUAACUUAAGUUUUGGUACUUCAUUUCCACUUAAAAGGGGAAUCAAUUCUACUUUCUUCUUGGUGAUAAAUUCAUUUCCCUUUUCCCCAA